AAAUUGCGAAACUACUAAACCGUUAUUGUCAUUUUCACUAAGCAGCAUUGCCUACUCCAAAAAUUGUUCAAGUGAAACCUCGUGAUUCGCAAUCCGCUAAAAUUCAAGUGAAUGUCAAUGACGGAUAUAAAAAUAUUUCUUCAUUUAUGGUCUACUACAAUGGAACAAACUCUCCAUUCAAUACAACGAACUCUACUAAAAUCUUGCUUACCGGUCUUACACCGUACACCGCAUAUGAGGUCCGAGUUGCGGCCGUAUUUAGGCCACUCGGUGCUUCUGACAGCUCGUAUGACGUAAGGAGCAACAUGAGUAACGCGAUGGAUUUUGUUACUCUCCGACCAAAGCCUAGCAUUCCUCUAGACGUAUUAGUCGAUGAAGGCUCACUGACUGCUUCGUCUGCUAAAAUUGUUUGGACAGCUCCAGCUACACCAAAUGGCCUAAUCGCAUACUAUACUGUGAGCUAUGUGAUAGGCCAAUUUUCUGUGGCCAACACUAGCUCAGCUGUCAAAACACUUAAAGGAGCAGACAAAAAUUUGAAUUUUACAUUGGAAAAUCUCAAUUCCUGUAGUUGGUACACGACGUGGGUGCAGGCCACAAAAGAGGAAAAAGGCAAGCUCCUUGAAAGUGAUACGAGCACUGUAGCAACAUUCAAGACAUUGGCAAGCGCAACGGAACCUGCAAGGAAUGUGACAAUUGAAAAGACUGGAGCAACGAAUGCUACAAUUAGUUGGUCUUCACCAAGUUGUAAUGCUACCAAACCCUUAAAGAAUUACAAAAUAUUUCUUGAAUCUAACAAAACUGCAAUUCAGCCAGAUAUCAAUCAACCAAAGAUGGAUAUUUCAAAUCUCUCUUCAUCAGUGGUUUUGCGUUCCUUAAUGCCCCUUCGUACAUACUAUGUGUGGGUGGCAGCUAUUUACGAGAACAGCACAACUGGUGAAUCGAUUACUAAAACGAGCAAACCGAAAACAUUUCAGACAUUACCACCGUCAUCUUCUUCACCUCCUUUAAAUGUUGGAGCUUCCAACGUUACCUCGUCGUCAGUCGUAGUCACGUGGUCUAGACCAAAAGAUGUAUUUGGAAUUAUUGCUAAAUACGAUGUUUCAAUACACUCUCUUGAAACAAACAGCAGGGCAAGACGCAGCAAAAAAAUUUUGGAAGUAAACGGUCAGGAUAAUUCGAUUUUUAUUGCAAGUCUUCAUCCCUACACGAAGUACACCGCUAAAGUGCGAGCUGGUACAGAAAUUCCCGCCAAUUCUUCUCACUAUCUUUGGAGUAACUCUAAUAGUAACAAUUUUACUACAGAUGUGUCUGAACCUCCAGUUCCCAGAAACCUGUCGAUUGCGUCAAACCUAACGAAGGAUUAUGGAGGGAAGGUGUUGAUCACUAUUCCUGGUAUUGACAAUACAAACGGUCCAAUCGACGCUGUUGAGAUCAUCGUUGUCGAAUUAAAAUCUGGAGUGGUGUGGUCCCACGACAAACCUCUUCCCAAGAACAAAACUGAUGGCGUGGUCACCAUUACAGCAUUCACCAUUCCACCAAAUAAAACAGACCAAACGAUUUUGACUGAAGCAAAGACAAGUAAAAUUCCAAUGCUCAAAGCAGGCACUUCAUACGCUUUCUAUCUUCGAUGGACAGUAGAGAAUUCUACGAGAAAGCUGACAUCAACCAGUAAAGCCACUAUUUAUUCAACUAAACCAAUUCCAACUGAAUUGGUUACUGUAGCAGCACCAUCGCCGACAUUCUUGUUGUCUUCGUCACCGUCGACAUUGACCCCAUCAUCAUCGCCAGCGUCCACAUCGACUGCCUCGUUCUCGUCAGCGUCUACAUCGACUGCGUCAGCGUCGUCGUCAGCAUCUACAUCAACUGCCUCGUCGUCGUCAGCGUCCAGAACGCCUGUUUCGUCAUCGUCAGCGUCUCCAUCGACCGCCUCACCGACGUACACAAUUCCAAUAAUUGUGGUCAUACUGCUGGCAUUAGUUAUUCUAGGUUUGGCCUUGGGUCUUUGGAAAAUGUUGAAAGACAAUAUAGCAAAGACGGUCGAGAAGGCGCCACCUAGUGAUUCCUUGGAACAAACUCCUAGGAUUUUCUUGGAACGGAUACCGAUGGAGGAUUUUUCAGCUAUUAAUACUCUCAAUGCUAGAGACGAACCACCUGAAUAUGCAACUUGUGUCAAGACCUAUAGUCAAUUAGAGCAAUUUCAGGAUCACGUCAACAAAAUGAAAGCAGACGAAAACGAAGGAUAUAUUGAAGAAUAUGAAGAUUUAGCCGAAAUUGGCAUUGAUCAAAAUACUGAUUUUGCAAAAAGCUCUACAAACAUGAUUAAAAAUCGCUACCAAAAUAUCGUUCCAUAUGACGACUUGUGUGUGAUGCUUGAUGACGUAGAAGGAAUGCCUAUUUUGGACACCAAGUACAUCAAUGCAUCAUAUUUAGACGGAUGCAACAGAAGUAUGGAAUACAUCGUUACACAAGGUCCUCUGCUCGAUACCUAUUCUGAUUUUUGGCGUAUGGUGUGGCUCCAAAAAGUAGAGAUUGUUGUCAUGUUGACCAAAACUGUAGAAAACGGCAAGAACAAGUGUUUCCAAUAUUGGUCGGAUGACAGGCCAAAGAUGUGUGAUGGCUUAACAGUAGAAGUUACAACAAUCAAUCAAACAACAAACUACACAGUGCGAGAAAUGGUUUUAAAAUUGCUUGAUGAAGAACGGACAGUGACACAUUAUUAUUUCAGCGGCUGGCCUGAUCAUGGAGUGCCCAUGCACGCCACCGAUUUGUUGGGAUUCUUAUACAGAAUCAGAAGAAAGUCUAGGAAUUGCACAGCUCCGCUGACAGUCCAUUGCAGUGCUGGUGUUGGUCGGUCCGGCACAUUAGUAGCAAUUGACACGUUGCUCAAUUUCAUGGCCCUCGAUUUGAAGUCAGAUGUAAAAUCUGUUGUCGCGAACAUGAGAAUGAGGCGCAUGGAAAUAGUCCAAAGUGUGACGCAGUACAUUCUUAUUCACGACGCAGUUCUAGAAGCGUACAACACAAGCAAAACAGAAAUUCCAAUAUCGGAAUUUUCCAGCAAGCUUGCUAGUUUGCAGUCUCGUGAUUCAUUCGGUCGCAGGGAAAUUGAAGAAGAAUUUAAUACUUUACUAAAGCUGACUGAUCACUCUGACAAGUCAACGUUUCACGCAGCUCUUCUUCCCUCAGCGGCUAGAAGGAAGAACAGGAAUUCUCGAUUUCUUCCUCCUGACAUUUGUCGUGUGAUCUUACAUGUCGACUACGUUUGUAAUGGCGGUGACUAUGCAAACGUCAUUAGGGAAACAGACCAAUUCAAUGAAUUUGGCGAAAACGGAGCAGACUACAUCAAUGCCAGUUUCGUUAAUGGAUACUACAAACCGAAUUUGUUUAUUGUGACUCAAGCUCCGCUCUCGGACACCAUGGCUGACAUGUGGAAAAUGGUAUACGAACAGAACGUCAAUGCCAUUGUCAACCUGGCUCGACCACAUGAAUACGAGCAGUAUUGGCCUGAUUCAGACUCACGAACUUUUGGCCAAGUGAAAGUGGAUCUCUUGUCUUCGAAAGAAAGGAAUUCCCUAAAAAUUUAUGAUCUGAAAGUGACGAAACGUCAGGCUUCCUGUAACACGAUGCUAUUCCAUUACACGGCUUGGCCAGCACAAGGUUAUCCUUCUGACCCAGCGGCACUGAUAGAUCUAAUGCGCCAGUUAGAUCAAAGAAUGAAAAGUACGAAUGGAAGGAGAGUCAUCGUCCAUUGCUGCACCGGUAUGGGACGAACUGGUGUGUUUUGUGCAGCUUAUAAUGUCUUAGACCAACUUCAAAGUGAGGGUGUGGUUAAUAUACUGCAUAUGAGCAAAGAUCUUCAUAAUCAGAGACCAGGAAUUAUACACACAUCCGAACAGUAUGAGAGCAUCUACAGCAUUGUUGAUGCCUAUAGAAAGCAUGACAGUAUCUACCAUAACAUAAGCUUGCAAGAGUGACAAUUUGCAGGUUCAAUGGGUAAGUGGAUGGCUUAUAGACUUGCCUAGAAAUUAAUCUUAUAAACACGAUCUCAGUCACGAUUCAUUCCGUCAUGUGAUACUAGUGGUAAUAUUUUGCGAUGACCGUGGUCAGUGACAAUACAACACAUUGAAAUUACAAUUAU